AUGGUCAUUGACUUCGGGGACCCCAGGAGCGGUUUCCGCCACAGCGAGGUGGUGUUGUUCAUCAACAAAGAGGUGCUCAGUAAUGGUGGUAGCCCAGACUUCUACCUGACCUUCCAAUCACGGCCCUGGAACGAGGUGGAAGACAGCCUGCACUCCGUCGUGGCUGACCCGCAGGGGCCACGCGCCAUUAAGAGGGCGUGCGCCUGGAGCGCCCUGGCCCUGGGUGUGCGAGUGGCCGCUAGGCAGCGGGAGCAGCAGGGGCAUCGGGUCCGUCGGUUGCAGGAUCAGGUGGAGGAGCGCGAGGGAGCCGCCUGGGCUCUGGUCUCUGAGCUGCAGCGGCUGCGUGAGGAGCGGGACGACGUGGUUUCUCAAUUGCAUAGCGCAAGAGAUGACCUGAAGCAAGCGCUGGGUGAGCGCGACGCCCUGCGUGAGAGGCUGAUCCAGUUUGAGCUGUCCCAGGAAGUCACUCCUGAGUCGCCAGAUGAGCAGCACAGGAUUGAGGCAUGGCCUGUGGAUGCAGGGGAACGGAGAGAGGCGCUUGCCACAGGGUCGCAGAGUAGGCAGGAUGUGCAGUCUGAGGCCCAGAUGGCAUCCCCAACAGGUUUGGCACCCCAUCAUACCUGGGCCCAGGUCGUUCAACCCUUCUGCCAGUGCCAUUCUUUACACCAUUCCCACUGGCAUGCCCAUGACCAACACCUGCCCACCCAGAGUAAUCUCAAUAGAAGUGGCUGGAGCUGCCGUCCAGAUGCCUAUUGGGUACAUCUAUUCACCUGGCCUACAGUUGGCUGCAUUGGAGUCCCAGGGGAAAAUAAUUUACUGGUGCGACCAGAAGAGCCAAGGUCAGGGAAUAGGUCAGGUGAAGCCUCAGGGAUCCAAAGCCAGGAGGAAAGUCCUGUGAGGCCCCACUUCAGUAAACCUCUCUGA